GCGCGCGUGGAGGGUGGCUGCCUCUGGAGUAGGCCGGCAGGAGAGGAGAAAAGGCGGCGGCUCGACUCGGGGAUAGGGGCGGAGGAGGUAGUCCGGACGGCUCUGUGGGGCACGGAGCGUCGUCCGGACAGAGCGGAGCCAGCUGGGCACUGCGGCCAGGGCAGCUAGGGCCUGAGCCGCGGUUCGGCCGCGCCGGCCGAGCUGGACUGGCCAUUAUGGAGGAGGAGCUGCAGCAUUCACAUUGUGUGAAUUGUGUCAGUAGACGGUGUAUGACCAGACCAGAGCCUGGGAUUUCCUGUGAUUUGAUUGGUUGUCCAUUGGUUUGUGGUGCCAUUUUCCACUCUUGUAAAGCCGAUGAGCAUCGACUUUUAUGUCCAUUUGAACGAGUGCCUUGCUUAAAUAGUGACUUUGGAUGUCCUUUUACCAUGGCCCGAAAUAAAGUUGCCGAACAUCUAGAAAUGUGUCCUGCAAGUGUGGUGUGCUGUACUAUGGAAUGGAACCGAUGGCCAGUUAGUUAUGCAGACCGAAAAUCAUAUGAAAAUCUAAGCAGAGAUGUUGAUGAAGUGGCACAGUUAGAUAUGGCCUUGGCUCUUCAAGACCAAAGAAUGCUCUUAGAAUCUCUCAAAGUAGCCACCAUGAUGUCAAAAGCAACUGAUAAAGUUUCCAAACCUAGAGAACAAAUCUCAGUUAAAUCAAGUGUCCCAGAAAUACCACAUACUAAUGGUUUGGUGUCUGUUGAUGAAGAAUCUUAUGGUGCACUCUAUCAAGCUACUGUAGAAACAACCAGAAGUUUGGCUGCUGCUUUGGAUAUCCUGAAUACUGCUACAAGAGACAUUGGCAUUUUAAAUACAAGUGUCUGUGCUUCCCCAGAUGAAAUGAGUAAAGAGCAAAAUGCAAGAGAAAGCUUACAGUAUCAAAACUUGAAAGACCAAGAUCAUCUUUAUGAGGAGGAGAUAGGAGCAGUAGGUGGAAUUGACCACAAUGACACAAGUCAGAAUGCCCAGUCUGAACAAAAUGGUUCCAGUGAUUUAUUAUGUGACCUGAAUACAAGUUCUUGUGACACUUCUGCUCUUUGUAAUGGCUUUCCUUUGAAAAAUAUAUGUGCACAGGUCAUAGACCAGAAUCAUAAUUUACAUGGUGAUUCAAAACAAAGUAACUUAACAAAUGGAGCCUGUGUGGCAUCAGAUGGCACUUCAAAACCUUCCAGCUCACUUGUGGCAGCAGCACAACUUAGGGAAGUAAUACCAUCCAAUGCUUUGCUUAAUGGCACAGUUCAGCAUAUCCUUAUACCCGAUGAUGAGGAUGAAGGUGAAUUGUGUUGGAAAAACGUAGACUUAGGGGACUUGAAGAAUAUGGAUGUCUUAUCUUUCAGUUCUGCUCCUUCAUUCAAUUUUCUUUCUAAUUCAUGUUGGUCUAAACCAAAGGAAGAUAAAGCAGUAGAUACAUCAGAUUUGGAAGUUGCAGAAGAUCCCAUGGGCCUCCAAGGAAUAGAUCUGAUCACAGCAGCAUUGCUAUUUUGUCUAGGAGAUUCUCCAGGAGGGAGGGGUAUAUCUGAUAGCCGCAUGGUUGAUGUUUAUCACAUUGACUUUGGGACUCAGACUUUUUCACUUCCAUCUGCAAUAUUAGCUACAAAUACAAUGGUUGGGGAAAUAGCUUCAGCUUCAGCUUGUGAUCAUGCCAAUCCACAGCUUUCAAAUCCAAGUCCAUUUCAGACACUUGGGCUGGAUUUAGUAUUGGAAUGUGUCGCUAGAUACCAACCCAAGCAGCGUUCAAUGUUUACCUUUGUGUGUGGACAGUUAUUUAGAAGGAAAGAAUUUUCUUCCCAUUUUAAGAAUGUGCAUGGUGACAUUCAUGCUGGACUCAAUGGCUGGAUGGAACAGAGGUGCCCUUUAGCAUACUAUGGUUGUACCUAUUCUCAGCGUAGAUUUUGUCCAUCAAUACAAGGAGCGAAGAUUAUCCAUGACCGCCAUUUGAGGUCAUUUGGAGUUCAGCCAUGUGUAUCUACAGUAUUAGUAGAGCCUGCUAGAAACUGUGUAUUGGGAUUACAUAGUGACCAUCUAAGUAGUCUUCCUUUUGAGGUCCUGCAGCAUAUUGCAGGCUUUCUUGAUGGCUUCAGUUUAUGCCAGCUCUCAUGUGUAUCCAAGUUAAUGAGGGAUGUGUGUGGCAGCCUGCUACAGUCUCGUGGCAUGGUCAUACUGCAGUGGGGGAAAAGGAAGUAUCCAGAAGGAAAUUCAUCAUGGCAGAUAAAAGAAAAGGUAUGGCGAUUUAGUACUGCAUUUUGUUCUGUUAAUGAAUGGAAAUUUGCUGACAUCCUAAGCAUGGCUGACCACCUGAAGAAAUGCAGUUAUAAUGUUGUCGAGAAACGGGAGGAAGCAAUCCCAUUGCCAUGUAUGUGUGUGACACGAGAACUCACUAAAGAAGGACGUUCACUACGCUCAGUUUUAAAACCUGUACUUUAAGGGUUGUAAUUUUACUUGCACAUACGUGCAAGCAUCUAGUAUAAUUUCUUUGUAAUAUGUGAAACCUUAUUAAUGUAUUAAAUAUUACAACUAGCUAAAUUUAUUGUCACUGUAUAUAAUGUUUUGGAGUAACAUCUAUUUUUAUAAAGUACUGUUUAGUUGGAAAAAGUUGCCUUAAUGUUUGAAAUGUGUGAAAUUUUGGAACUUGCUGGACAGGGUGAUUUAAUUAUUAGCUACAUAAUUUUAAGAAUUAGUAUUUUCAAUGGUGUGCAUAUUUUGGUUCUUAAAUUUUUGCAUCUUAAACUAACAAAAUCCUGACCAAUUUAUUCCUUGUUUUCUGUGGGUUGCAACCCAUGCAGUCAGAAAGCAAAACUUUGAUUCAGAUUUUUUACAGCACAAGUUUUUCAUAUAAAAACAUUCUCAAUUUCUUAAGCACUGCCAUAAGAUCAUUAUAAUGUUUUUGUCUUUUAGUGCUUCCCUUAUACAGUUGUUAAUGCUCAGAUGAUCUCUCAUAUGUACUUACAUAUGUAAAAUCAUAACUAAAGUUUGGUAAUGCAGUUUAUCACGUUUUAAAAAUAAUCCACAAAGAUGUUUUCAUCUCAUGUACUGAGAGCUCAACACAGAGAGUGACCACGUGCAGCUUUCUUUUUUGUUAGAUGCCACAUCCAAAGACUCACCGCAGUGUGUUACAUGACAGGUCAAAGCAAAAACAAGCAAACAAAAAGCAAGCCUGUGAAUUUACUGUAAUCUGAAACUGUUCAUGAUAUUACAUAUUUGCUAGGUAUUUAUUGUUUUAAAAGAAAAUAUACCUCAUUUUAAGUUUGAAUUGGGCAUAUUGUAUAAAUUUUAAAUGUUCAGAAUGCAAAGGGCUUAACUUAAAUUUUUGCCUUUUAUGUUUAUAAACAUUACAACUAUGUUGUUUUAAGACCUUAGAAACAUGAAAUUUGUUAAUCUUUGUAAAAUGACAAUCAUGUAGAAACCUGUCUUGGUUGACAAUCUCUUUGAAACAUUUCCAAAUUAAUUUCCCAUAGACUUCACCACCAAGAGAGUAAGAAUUGCAUAUUUGAAUAAUAAUCAAGGUAUAAUGGAAAAAUACCCCUGUUUUUGAAAUAGUUUAUUAUGGUUUUCAAAUUGAUUUAUACCAUUAUUAACUUGAUGUGGUCUGUUUAAAAAAAUGAAUAUAUCAGUAUUUAGAAAUAAAUUGCAAAGGUGGGGAUAUACACUUAAAUAAUUUGUCUUAAGUAAAUUCUAGCAUUUGGUAGUCUGAAAUGGUGACAGAUUACUUGUUAAAAUUGUGAAAACUCUGUUGUGUUCUCUCCUCCUACAUUUGUCCCUGAGAGUGCUCUAUGAGUACUAGCUUCUUGACACCCAUAUAUAGCAAUCAGGCAGAGGCGUUCCUUGGGCAUUACAGAGUUCUGAAGCUUAAGGUUUUUUUGGUUGGAUCAAGUCCUUAGUACAGUUGAAGUAUACAGCAUUAAAGACUAAUCAAUUGUCUUGCCUCACCUGUCAUUUUAAAUAGUAGAAUACUUAUUUCUCACUGCUUAUAAUUUCUUUUUCAACUGUGAGAUUGAAUAGUCUCUAUUUCUGUGGGAAAAAAACAGAAAAAAGAUAUUAAAUACUAUAAAAUAUAACUCUGCCUUUUAAAGUUUUGCUGAAGAAUGUGUGGUUAGGAUAGCACAAGCAUUUUCUGUUUUGUUGUUACGCUUUUUAAAAUUCAUUGUUUUUAAAUUUAGACUUCUUAUUUCCACACUGGAUUAUGAGAUAUUUAACAAUUUUUCCACCUUAUAUUUCUUUUACACAUUUUGCUGUUCUCUCUUUUUUUGUUGUUGUUAUGCCACCAUACCAUUUUGUUAAAAUGUUUUCUUUGUGAAACAUUUGUUCAAGUUCUAAUAAAAUUAAUAUUUUCCCUUUACAUGGCUCAAUAACUUAAAAACUUUCGUUUAAAUAAAAUUUUAAUACUUGUUUGACAAAUUCCAACACAAUCAUAUUGUUUCUGUAAUGUGGAUUUUCUGCAUGUUGUGGUAAUUAUUGAUUAUCAUCAUUGCUCACCCAUGUUUUACUAGUGAACCUUAAUUUUUUAAAAGACGAGAAACUCAUUCGUUAGCUUUCUCUGAUCCUUCAGUGUGUCAAAAGUAAUACCACCUAGGUGCACUGAAAGGUGGAAGAGUUUCUAGCAUGGUUAUAUCUCUAAAAAUUGUAAUGGAAACCAUCUGUUUAGCCUCUUAAGCAUGAAAAGGUUUGUAUGUUGCCAUAAUAGAUUGUACCUUGAGAAGUCCUUGUUGAUUCCUUAGUCUUUGCUAAACAGCAAGGUAAAAGGCAAACAUCGGGAUGGAGGGAAAUACUUGAAUUCACUUUUAUCCUUUGCCUCCUUCCCCAAUACUGCCUGUUAACUUAAUCUUUCUCCCUCUCUCUCUCCCUCCCCCUUUCCUUUCAUCUCCCUCUCUCACUCUUUUUCACUAGAUUUUGAGACUCACAGAUCACUUACAGAAGUGGUUCCAAAAGUUGUCCUUGAACCAGUAGGAACAGCAACACCUGGGAAUUUGUUAGAAAUGCAGAUUAUUAGGCGUCUCUCCAGACUUAGUGAAUCAGAAGCUCUGGGGUAGAACCCAGCAUUCUCUUUUAACAAGAUCUCCAGGUGAUUCUAAUGCACAGUAAAGUAUUAAAACUUAGCAGGAAGCCUAGGUCAUGCUAGCUACCCUCUGGUGUAUUACUGGAGUGGAUAUAUGUAUGUACGUGUGUGUGUGUAUAAUAUAUGUGCAAUCCAAAAUUAAGAAUAAUGGUAAUAUGUUAAUAGUUAAACUAUAUAUGUUGUCUCAAUUUUACAGCCAUAUGACAAAAUACAUUGGGUGCUGUAGUUGUUGGACUUGUAUUCUUUAAAUUAGUAUUCACUAGUAUUUAAAAAUUUACCAGUAUUUUACCAGUGUUUCUUCUGUUCAAGGUAAAUUGCAGUGCAAAUUUUAGUUCAUUAGCAGUAAUAUUUAGCCUAGUCAUCUCAUUCUCUUGUUUAGUGGUUGCAGAGUUAUGAACAUAUAUAAAUUUUAGGAUAAUCAAAGAGAAGUAGACAAAUAUUCGAUUAAAUCCUACAAAAAUGUUUUUAGGGAUAUUUUCAACCCAUUCAGUAGGAUGUUUAAUUAAAGAUUGGAUCUCUUGUUUAUGGAUAGUAUAGAAUCUUUUUUUAUCUUUAAUCCUGUGCUGCCUAUCUCAUCAGUGUUGUGCUAUUAAUAUCUGUCCUUUAACGUUGAAUGUUGGGAUCUUAGUAAUCUUGAAUAUAGUAAGAUUUUCAGCAAAACUUCCGUAUCCUUUGAAGGUAUGGUAGUUUAUAUUAUUGAUAAUGGUUUUACCUGUGGAGAUUUGACUAGUUUUAGGUGUUUGGAAGCAAAACAGACUAUCUUCAUGUUUUGCAUCCCAACCUAAAAAGACGUGGAGUUUUGUUUAUUUUAAAUUUUCCUAAGGAAAAAGUAUUCAAAUAUUUUAAAAUGUGUUUGUUUCAUGCAUGACAUGCCACGUUGAAAGUGAUGUGAUUGGAGUUUAUACAGAAUUGAUUGUUUAGAAGUGCAGUAGAAAGGAAGCAAGUGGCCCUAAUUCUCUGAACAAAGACUUGAUGGAAAGAAGUUUUCUAGGUGUUUGGUUAUCUAAAUGUUAAUGUAAGUAGUUUUACUUAAGGUGCUCAUAAGGCCUAGGAAGCAGAGAAUAUUAGUUAUACCUUUGUCAACUCAUCAGUGACUUGUUUCAUGGUAUUUAAGAUAAUUUAAUAAUAGGGUUUGACAGGAUUCAUCUGAUUUCCAAAAAAGCAGUUUGAAUUCAGGAAAGAUCAACUGUAAUGAAGUCCUUUCUAAAUAAGGGAAGAGGAAAGAUGGUUUGCUUUUGAAGUCAUCUUUUACAUAAUUAUUUCCUUUUAUUUAAAAGAUUAAAGUGAGGUCAAGAGAUAAAACCUUUCAAAUUUCAAUUUUUAUGGAUGAGAAAACAGGUACUUAAGUUUAGGCAGUGACUAGUGUACUGGGAUAUUUGAGAGAGAACUGUGUCCUUACAUGGAUCACUUUUUUACUUUACGAAUGCAGGAAGGAAAGGGAUGUUUAGAUGUAAGGAAAUUUGGAAAAUAUUACCUAGAAUGUUUGAUUUCUACUACUUUGGAAAGCAUUUUGGAGCAAUACCAAAAGGAAACAAACUAACCAAGUGUGUGGUAUGUUUCUCUGAAAAUCUUGGCAAAACUAGGGCCUCUUGCUAAAUUUUACAAGUAGGUUAUUGCAUCUGUGAUUAAACUUUUUUCAUAAAUUGCUUAUACAUAUAUUUAUUUGACAUAUAUAAUCUUCAUAAUUGGCCAAUACACCUUGAAACGUAUUAAUGGCAGUACAUCUUGAGUUGCUUUGUUACCUUAACGCAUUUCAAAACUGAAAUUUUGUAUUCAGAUUGUUUCAUAUUUCAAUGUAUUAUGAAAAGAGGGACGUUUCAUUAAUAAACUACAAAGAAAUGGGUUAUAAGGAAGAUUCAUGUACAUGCUCUAUAGAAAUAUAGUAAAAAUUCAUUUGAUGUAAAUUCCUUUUUUAAAAAUAAUUCUCAGUCUUUUUGAUAUGCUGGACUGAAGCUUCUGUCCUUUACUAUGAAGAAAACAUUUCUGAAGCGAACUGACAAUGCAAAUACUGGGUAAAAAUUUAAGCAUCUACAAAAUUAUUAAUCCAUUUGCAUGCAAAUAUUAGGAAAUGAUUUUUUAAUACGUAGCUAGUUCUUGUGGUGGUUAAUAGUUCGUGUGUUUGAAAGUAAUAAAACUGCAUUUGUGUUGAACUCUUAAGACAAAUUAAUCAGGUCAAUUGCUCUGAACAAAGGCAGAUUCAUCCGAUUUAAUUUCUACCUUUUCUAUUUAAAUUUUUAGAAAAUUUGGUUCUCAGAUGUGAGGCCAAUAGGUUGAUAUAUUUGUUUAUUUGACAGAGGAACUGACUAGAGUUCGCUUUCUAAUACCCCUUCCAGUCAAACAGUAACAUCGUUAUAUUAAUAUUCAGUAGUAGUUAUAAAUUUUAAUGACAUGAGAAUAGUAAUAAUUUUUUAAUAAAUCGAAAGACUGAAGUUGAAAAAAAAGGGUCCUGCCCUCUGCUGUCAUAGAAUUUUUUUUUUUUUCUGUUGAAAUCCUCUUCCAUAUUGCCAUUAUUACUCCUUUAUCCCAUGACUUCAGUUUUCUGGUGAGGUAACCCUGAAUGUAGUCAUUUUGGUCAGUAGUUUUAGAUUUAAGUAAGUGAUCACACUUGUUUUAAAGUCUCUUUCAGCUCACCCAUGAAGAAACAAUAUUUUUUUUCAUUUUUUUCUUUGAAUAUUGGCAAGUAUUACUGAAUCUAACUGAAGUAUCAGCAUUCAGGUUUAACCAUGCUAUUUGAUUGAAAGAAAUCAAACCAUGGAAGUAAUGAUGGGCACUGUAUCUGCUCAAGAGUAAAAUUAGCCAAUGAAUAAUUAUGUCAACUGGAUGUCUUUAAUCAGUUGUAACUUU